CCACAUUAUAUUCCAAUAUUAAUGCAACUUCAGCAUUCCGGAGAACUCCAUUGAUCAAUAUGUAACAAAUGAGGGAAAUAAUGUUGGCGAACUUAAUGGUGGCAUAUUGUUAGCCUUGGGGCACGAAGUGGAAUUGCCAGAAACUAAGGGCCCCUCUAUCCAACAGGAUGUAGCCGACAGAUGGAAAACGGUAAUUAAGAAAGGAUUGGAAGAUGAAAAGAGGCGUGAUAUUAUGAAAAAGUACCCUCCUCCAGAGAAUGCCCAUAAUUUUGGAGCCCCAAAGCUAAAUGCGGUGGUUAAACAAGCUAUUGUGGAUUCGGUAGCAAAAAGAGAUUCUCGUCUCAGUUGUCAGCAGGCUCAAGUAGGAUCUGGCUUAUCUGCAAUUGCAAUUGUUAUUUCAGACUUAUUGAAAACAGAGGGAGGAAAUACAGAACUAAUAGAAAAAUUAAGCGAUGCGGGACGCCUUUUGUCGGAUGUCCCCCAUACACUCAGUGUAUCUAGAAAGGAGCUUGCCAUACUAAACUUGAAUAAGGAAUGGAAAGAGACUCUAAUUGAUUCUCCUGUUGAUGAAUGGCUCUUCGGGGAGGAUUUGGAAGAAAGAUUAAAAGCUGCAAAGAGUCUACAGUUUUCAUCCAAGCAAUUGAAAAUAGUUAAAGCGCCACAGCCAAAGAAAACUAUUUCAAAAAAUACUUUAAACUACAGAAGUCCAUCCAGUUAUCAACGGGGAGCCAAACUAGGUGGACGAUAUCGCCAAGAUCCCAGCAAUCAUAAUCCCAGCAAUCCAGGUUCCAGCAAGCAGUACAACUCUCGGUACAAUCGCCAGGGGGAAUAUCCUCGACUGGGUCAAUACAAGAAUGCGAAGAAAUACCGCAAGUAUUAGAGAAUUCCACAUCCGCUAUCGGAACACAUUUCCCUGAUGGCAGGUCGAUUAUCCGGGAAGCGCUUAAGCUAGGCAAAGUGCCAACCGACUCCUUGGAGAUUUGCAUGGCCUCAAUCUCAGAGUCUACCUUAAAGCAAUAUAGUUCGGGUUUAAAACUAUGGUGGGAGUAUUGCUCUACCAAGAAAGCAGAUCCCUAUUCGGUUUCAGUAGUAACCGUCUUAGAGUUUCUAACCAAUCAUUUUAAGAAAGGAGCAUCUUAUAGUUCUUUAAAUACUUAUCGGUCUGCUAUAGCUCAAGUAGCGGGGCGAGACUUGGCACAGGAUUACAGGAUUCAGAAAUUGUUCAAAGGAGUCUAUAUGCUUAGACCAAGUUUACCGAAAUAUCAAAAUACUUGGGAUCCAGCAGUAGUUUUAAAUUUUCUAAGGGAAUGGAAAAACAAAGAUAUCACUUUGAGGAAAUUGAACCAAAAACUUGUAACCCUUUUAGCAUUGACCACAGGUCAACGUCUUCAAACUUUAGCCCUUAUAGAAAUCACGCACAUUUAUAAAUCAGAGAUCGAAAUAAAUAUAGCGGUGCCCCAAAGAAUUAAGACCUCUGGUAAAGAUCGAUCCCAGCCAUUUUUCCACCUUCCUUUUUUAAACUCGGAUCCGGAAGUUUGUGUGGCUAGGGUAAUCCUUACCUACCUAGAAAAAACAGAAAAUCUAAGGGGUUCUGAAACAAGUUUAAUUCUAACCAGCAAAAUGCCUUACCGUAAAGCAUCUACGCAGACCUUAAGUCGCUGGAUUAAGAUUAUUUUAGAAAAAAGUGGCAUUGACGUACACAAAUUUCCUGCGCACAGUACCAGGCAUGCGGCGGGGUCUGCUGCAAAAAGAAAAGGGCUAAAUAUGGACACAAUUCGUCUUUCCGCGUGUUGGUCUAGAGACUCUAGGAUGUUUGCUCAAGUAUAUAAUAGGCCACUAUUGUCAGAUCAAACAUUUGCAGAAGCUGUACUUACAUGUUAGUUAUUAAAUUUUUUUCUGAAAGAUGUUGUUACUUACAGGGUUAUAAUUACAUAUAUUACUUACUUUCUAUUAACUAACACCAUUAUUACUAUUACUAUUAUUAUUGUUACUUAUAUUACUUAUGUAAUGUGACAUUGUGAACAUAAAUUACAUACCUACCAUAGGUAAUAUGUAAUAUUAUAUAGGUAGUUCAUUUUCUGUUUGGAAUAGAAAAUUCGCAAUGUAUGCAGUCUCUAAUUGUUGCAAUAAACUCUAAAUAUCUACGUAUUACUAUUUUUCGAGACGGGGCCGAAUAUAAUCAUAAGAUCAAACGAACUUACCUGUGAUGUUCGAUCUUGAUUAUAU